AUGCUGGGCAUACGCAACCUGUCUUCGCACAAGCUCGACCCCUCAGAAAUACGUCUCCUCAGCCGUGGCCUGAACUUCAACGUGGGUUACCGACCCAGCCUCGAAAGAAUGACGUGUGCUGUAGAGCAAGCGGUGCGACUUGUUGACCCCCCUCUACGAGACGCGGCACGGUCACGCGCCAUCGGGGUACUCUCGAAGCUGUCAAGCUCUAAGACUGACAUGCUACUCGUUGCUGAGAAGACAUCGUUGCGAAGACUUCAGCAGAAUAAGGACAUAGUUAUCCUACCCGCAGAUAAAGGGUACGCUACGGUUAUUCUUGACCGCUCGGACUACGUCUCCAAGAUGACGUCGUUGCUCGAAGAUGAAGCGACCUAUGCUAAGGUGAGCCGGGACCCAACGAAGAAGAUAGAGUCAGAGCUUCAGAAGCUACUCACGGAGAUGUUCAAACUUGUGCCACCAGAAAGCAAGUACUUGUACUACAAGUUACUUUGCCAUAAUGGGUCGGCACCUGCAGUCUACGGUUUACCGAAGGUCCACAAGCCCGAGGUCCCCCUCCGACCAAUCGUUGACUUCACGCGUUCUCCGUUGUACGAAUUAUCCGGCUAUCUUCACCGCGUCCUGCGCCCCUUGGUUGGAAACACACCUACCUAUGUGAGGGAUUCCGCACAUUUCAUUGAAAUUCUUGGAGGUGUCACCGUCGACGACGACGAGGUGAUGGUGUCCUUUGACGUUAAGUCAAUGUUUACAUGCGUAACCGUCGAUUACACGGUCCGGUGUUGCAAGGUCCUACUCGACAAUGAUGCAUCUCUGCCUUCACGUACGCCCUUUGAGAUGGAGGACCUAUGCCGGCAGCUGGAAUUCUGCAUGAAAAACAUGUAUUUUAUUUACAACGGACAUUUUUACAAGCAGCAGUUCGGAACAGCAAUGGGGGCUUCUGUGUCUGUGGCCUGUGCAAACAUCGCCUUCUAA